AUGGGGAAGGCAAAGGAAAAGGCCAACGAUCUAAAUGAACUCAAACAAGAGGUUAAAAUGGAUGAGCACAUCAUCCCGCUGGAAGAACUUGCGGCGAGAUAUGGCUCAAACAUCGAAACAGGCCUUACACGAGCGAAGGCUGCAGAGUAUCUUGCGCGAGAUGGGCCAAAUGCUCUUUCACCACCAAGAACCACUCCGGAAUGGAUCAAAUUCUGCAAGAAUCUCUUCGGAGGUUUCGCUCUUCUGCUUUGGGUUGGAGCCUUCCUUUGUUACAUCGCCUACUCCGUCGACUACUUCACAAUGGAAUAUCCAUCAAAAGAUAACCUCUAUCUCGGUAUCGUACUGAUGACUGUCGUCGUUAUCACCGGUUGUUUCCAAUAUUACCAGGAAAGCAAAUCCAGUAAAAUUAUGGACUCCUUCAAGAACAUGGUCCCCACUUUCGCCCUUGUGCAUCGCGAUGGCCAAAAACAGCAGAUACGAACCGAAGAGCUUGUUAUUGGUGAUAUCGUCGAGGUGAAAGGUGGAGAUCGUGUUCCAGCUGACAUCCGUGUCAUUUCUGCAUUUGGUUUCAAGUCUGAACCUCAAUCUCGAUCGCCGGAAUGUACCAACGAGAAUCCUCUGGAAACUCGCAACGUUGCGUUCUUCUCCACAAACGCUGUUGAGGGAACUGCGAAGGGAAUUGUCAUCUACACUGGAGAUAGAACUGUUAUGGGUCGAAUUGCUCAUCUUGCCUCUGGUCUCGACACUGGCAUGACCCCAAUUGCUCGCGAAAUUGAGCAUUUCAUUCAUUUAAUUACUGGUGUGGCUGUGUUUCUUGGAGUCUCUUUCUUCAUCAUCGCCUUCAUCCUGGGUUAUCAUUGGCUCACGGCUGUUGUGUUCUUGAUCGGUAUCAUUGUCGCGAACGUACCGGAAGGUCUCAUCGCUACUGUAACUGUAUGUCUUACUUUGACUGCAAAGAGAAUGGCGAGCAAGAACUGUCUUGUGAAGAAUUUGGAGGCUGUAGAGACUCUGGGAUCUACAUCUACAAUUUGCUCUGAUAAGACGGGUACACUGACGCAAAACCGAAUGACUGUAGCCCACAUGUGGUAUGAUAAAGUUAUUGAGGAGUGCGAUACCACCGAAAAUCAGUCGGGUGGAGCAGCUAAGAAAGGAGGUCCAACCGUCGAUGCUCUUGUUCGCAUUGCAGCUUUGUGUAAUAGGGCUGAGUUUAAACCUGGACAACAGGAUAUCCCUGUACUUCGCCGUGACUGCACUGGUGAUGCUUCAGAGAUUGCCCUUCUCAAAUUUACUGAACUUACUCUCGGAAAUAUCGUGUCAUUCCGCGAAAAAUCUCCUAAGAUCGCUGAGAUCCCCUUUAAUUCCACGAAUAAGUACCAGGUUUCUAUCCAUGACAUACCUAAUAGUGAUUCCUAUCUUCUUGUGAUGAAAGGAGCUCCGGAGAGAAUCCUUGAUGUCUGCUCAACUAUUCUUCUCAAUGGAAAAGAGGAACCUCUUGAUGAAAAGCUACGUAGCGAUUUCAACACUGCUUACUUAGAACUUGGUGGUAUGGGAGAACGUGUUCUUGGAUUUUGCGAUUUCCUUCUACCUGCCGACAAAUUCCCGAGGGGAUUCAAAUUCGAUACAGAGGAGGUGAAUUUCCCACUCAAGGGUCUACGUUUCGUUGGAUUGAUGUCAAUGAUUGAUCCGCCUCGUGCUGCUGUUCCGGAUGCGGUGGCCAAGUGCAGAUCAGCUGGUAUCAAGGUCGUUAUGGUCACCGGAGAUCACCCAAUUACCGCGAAGGCUAUUGCAAAGUCUGUUGGAAUCAUCAGCGAGGGGACAGAAACCGUUGAAGACAUCGCUAUCCGUCGUGGAAUUCCAGUAGAAGAUGUAGAUCCUCAUGAAGCUAAGGCAGCUGUUGUCCACGGUUCGGAUUUGAGAGAGAUGACAGAAGACCAGUUAGCUGAAAUCAUCCGCAACCACUCCGAGAUUGUUUUUGCUCGUACCUCACCACAACAAAAACUGAUGAUUGUGGAAGGAUUCCAGAAACAAGGACAGAUUGUUGCUGUGACUGGUGACGGUGUCAAUGAUUCACCUGCUCUGAAGAAGGCCGACAUCGGUGUUGCUAUGGGUAUCGCUGGAUCCGAUGUAUCCAAACAAGCUGCUGACAUGAUUCUUUUGGAUGAUAACUUCGCCUCCAUUGUCGUGGGAGUUGAAGAAGGACGUCUAAUUUUCGAUAAUCUCAAGAAAUCGAUCGCCUACACAUUGACAUCUAACAUUCCUGAAAUUUCACCUUUCCUCACCUACAUCCUGUUCGGUAUUCCACUCCCACUGGGAACUGUUACCAUCCUGUGCAUUGACCUGGGAACUGAUAUGGUCCCUGCAAUCUCACUUGCCUACGAGGAAGCCGAGUCUGACAUUAUGAAACGACAACCUCGUGACCCCAUUCGUGACAAACUUGUAAAUGAACGUUUAAUCUCGUUGGCUUAUGGACAAAUCGGUAUGAUUCAGGCAUCUGCUGGAUUCUUCACCUAUUUCUGGAUCAUGGCCGAUAAUGGGUUCUGGCCGAAAGAUCUCUAUCAACUUCGAGCCCAAUGGGAUUCUCGUGCGUACAACAAUGUCUUGGAUUCCUAUGGACAAGAAUGGACCUACGCGAAUCGCAAGAUCCUUGAGUACACAUGCCAAACUGCCUACUUCGUGUCGAUUGUGGUUGUACAGUGGGCUGAUCUGAUUAUUUCCAAAACCAGACGUAACUCAAUUGUCCAGCAAGGGAUGACCAACUGGACUUUGAACUUUGGUUUGGUGUUUGAGACAGCUCUUGCCUGGUUCAUGUGCUAUUGUCCAGGACUUGAUAAUGGACUGCGCAUGUAUGGACUGAGAUUCUCGUGGUGGUUCUGUGCACUGCCAUUUUCGGUGUUGAUCUUCGUCUAUGACGAGGCUCGUCGUUACUGUAUCAGACGAUGGCCAGGAGGAUGGGUCGAACAUGAAACAUACUACUAA